AUGGGUUAUCGAGAAGUGAGUCCAGAACUUGAGGCGAUAGCAGUGAAGGAGCUGAAUGAGGACCCCAAGAGGAGAGACCAGGACAUCCAGCACAUCAAGGACUGGCUGAGCAAGCAGCCGCACCUCAGGGCACGCGACGAUGACCAGUGGAUUUUGACGUUCCUGCGUGGCUGCAAGUUCUCUUUGGAGAAGACGAAGCAGAAGCUGGAUAUGUUCUACACGCUGCGGUCCGCCCUUCCAGAUAUAUUCAUCAACCGGGAUCCAUUUUCACCAAAAGCCCAGAAAUAUCUCUCUUCAGGGGUAGUAGUGGAGCUGCCUCGGAGAUCGCCAGAGGGCCGCCGCGUCAUCAUCUGGCGGCCCCGCCUCCUGGCCCCUGGAUCGCUGUCAGCGGAGGACGUCAGCAGGGUGAACUUCAUGAACGCCGAUGCGACGCUGCACGAGGACGACGCGACCGUCAUAUGCGGGGAGGUCACCAUUCAGGAUUUUCAAGGAACGACCAUGGCCCAUUUCGCCUCCUGGACACCUUGGCAGAUGAAGCGUAUCACCACCUGCUUCCAGGAUGGUUACCCGCUGAGAGCCAAAGGACUCCACAUGAUCAAUGUUCCAUCGGGCUUCGAGAAACUCUUCUCAUUAUUUGAACAAUUUUUCAAGGAGAAGAUACGUAAAAGGAUCUUUGUCCACGCCAAUCUGGAGUCUCUUCACAAACAUGUGCCGAAGGAAAUACUGCCGGAGGAAUAUGGAGGAGACGCCGGACCGAUCGACAAGAUACAAAGUGAGUGGAGAAGCCGCAUCGAGAGAAACGCUGCCUUCUUCAAGGAGGACGACAAGUACGGAGUUGACGAGUCGAAGCGGCCCGGAAAGCCCAAGACGCAGACCGACCUGUUCGGUGUCGAGGGAUCCUUCCGGCAGCUCGCCGUAGACUGA